ACAUAAAACAAAUAUAAUAAUAAUACUUUCUUUUUUUAAAUUGCAUGCGCAGAAAUCUUUCUCCGACUAGCACUUGAACGCUGCAAUAUGCAGCGUUCAAAACAACUGGGAACUUGGAAUUAGAAAUAUCCGACCUCGGUGCGUUAAAAAAACAGGGAACUCGGAUAAAAACUAGGUCCGACUGGGAAAAAUGUGUUUUAAAGGUCAUCCAACUCGGAAUUCCAACUCCGGAAUUUGGGCCUCUUUCUGGAGCUCAUGGCGUCAUUAUUUGACAUUGUAUAUAUGUCCGUGUUCCCGGUUGUUUUGAACGUGGCAUUAGUCACCGUAAAUGGGUUUCCAGAAAAUCGCAGCCGUGCCGAAAUAAAUACUCACAUGAGGAGGCGUGAACGCAUGGUCCAGACCAGAAGACGUUACAGACAAAGCUUCGUCAGGUAAGAACAACAGUUCUGACCCAAGUUGACGGAACAGACGGUUGAGGGAAUCUCCUAGCAGAGAGGAUCAUGGGAGGAGCCGUGGUAGAUGAUGAGCCUAGUGAUGUCAAGGCACCAGAUGGAGGGUGGGGCUGGGCAGUGCUCGCCGGGGGGUUCGUCAUCACUGGUUUCUCCUACGCCUUCCCCAAGGCCGUCAGUGUGUUCUUCAAGGAGUUGAUCAGGGAGUUCGGAGUGGGAUACAGCGACUGUGCAUGGAUUUCUUCUAUAUUGUUGGCCAUGCUCUACGGCACAGGUCCACUGUGCAGUGUGCUGGUGAACAAGUUUGGGUGUCGGCCAGUGAUGAUGGUGGGAGGGCUCUUUGCCUCCUUGGGAAUGGUCCUGGCCUCCUUGGCCACCAGUAUCAUACACAUCUACAUCUGUACUGGAGUUAUAACAGGUCUUGGCCUGGCGCUGAACUUCCAGCCGUCUCUGAUCAUGCUGAAUCGUUACUUUAGUGAGAAGAGGCCUCUAGCUAAUGGACUAUCUGCUGCUGGGAGCCCUGUGGCCCUCUGCUGCCUCUCUCCUCUAGGACAGGUGCUGCAGUACCACUAUGGCUGGAGAGGCGGCUUCCUUAUCCUGGGGGGCCUGCUGCUCAACUGCUGCGCCUGUGGGGCCCUGAUGAGGCCCCUGGUGGGCCCCAAGAAGCCCCAGGACCAGGAGUUGCAGGCUGUGGGUGAAGCAGAAAGAAAGCUCAAGCCUAAGAAAAAGCUCCUGGAUUUUAGUGUAUUUAAAGACAGAGGUUUCCUCAUCUAUGCCAUAGCUGCUUCCAUCAUGGUACUGGGCCUUUUUGUGCCGCCCGUGUUUGUGGUGAGCUAUGCCAAGGAGAUGGGGAAUGAAGACACCAAGUCUGCCCUCCUCCUCACCAUCCUGGGGUUCAUUGAUAUCUUCGCCCGCCCCACAUGUGGGCUGAUUGCGGGGAUGAAGUGGGUCCGGCCUAGAUGUGUGUAUCUCUUCAGCUUCGCCAUACUCUUUAAUGGCAUCACCGAUGUGAUCAGCUCACAGGCGACAGACUACCCUGGUCUGGUGGUGUUCUGUAUCUUCUUCGGGCUCUCUUAUGGGAUGGUGGGGGCGCUGCAGUUCGAGGUUCUCAUGGCCAUCGUGGGCACAAAGAAGUUCUCCAGCGCUUUAGGGCUGGUGUUGCUCAUGGAGGCUAUCGCUGUGCUGGUGGGACCGCCUGGAGCAGGUCGUCUGCUGGAUGCCACACAUAACUACAUGUACGUGUUCCUGCUGGCUGGCUGUGAGGUCAUUCUGGCCUCCAUCGUCAUCUGCACGGGCAACUUCCUGUGCAUCAAGAAGAAGCCAGAUGAGCCUGAGGCCCAUCUAGAGAAUGGCGCCCCCAUAGAGAUGGAGAAGCUCAACAGCCUGCUGGAGGCGGAGGGAGGAGAGCAUGAGAGGGCGCAGCCGGCGGGGGUGAGGGGUGGCGCCGCAGAGGCAAAAUAGGGAGUGGAAAAGAAUGGAGGGGUGGGAAACCUAGAGACAGCUCUGUGAUGGAGAGAGAAGGGAUAUUUGUUAAUUGAUUUUUAGAGCGACUGACAAGCUUUUAUUAAACACUACUAAUAAGGACGAACAUAAGAAUACACACGCUGGCAGGGAUGAAGAGAAGGAUGGAUUGCAUUGUGUUGUACAUGUGUUGUAUGCUUUAAUAUACACAGCAAAUUGGCCAGUGUUACCUAGUGUUUUUUCAGGGUAACAUUUUUGUUUUGAUUCUGGAGUAAAAUGAACUCUAAGGGUUAAAUUGACACUGAGUGGUGUAAUAAAACCCCAGUGUCUGUUAAUAACCGACGUUGUGAACCAAAACCACAGCCAUCAUGUUUCCCAGCAUGUUCAAUGCAGGUGUAUUAAAAAAAUUGUGGGGGGAGGUUUUGUACAUUGAUUAAUGUUGUGCUACUCAAAUAUAAAUUCCAUACAUUUUUCUAAACUAAUCCAAUGUGUUACUUGAAUGUAUUGCACACAUUACUGAAAUGGUUGUCCAGUUUAAAUGCAUUUGAUACUCAUAUUUUAGUCUUCCCAACCCUGGCAGUCAUUCUGAAUAAAAGUUGAGUGAAUACAAA